ACGUGAUUAUGUUAAGUAACUAACCCAGAACUCAAAAGAUCAAAUAUACAUAAAUAACAAAAACUUAAUAUAAAUAUGUAUCAAAUAUUACAUUUAGCCUUUCCUAUGCAAUGAUGUCAAGGUUUGUUUUCAUGUUUACUCUUCUAAUUUCUAUUUGUCUUUGUUUAGAAAAAAGGUUAGUGUUUUUCAUCUAACCUUUUCUUCUGUGUUCCUUUUUUGAUUUUUCAGAAUCCAUAACAAUCUAUCCCGUUUCAAGGAUUGAAGUUUAGUGAUCGCUCUCUCUUGUUCCCAACUUACCUCAAUUAACAGAAUGCCUUGUCUAAAACUAUGACAAUGGAGAAGGCAGAUUGAAAGCCGAAUGCAUACAUGGUUUGUCUUCCGACAUUGAAGACACAGUUUCUCUCGAAGAAGCACCAAUGCCUCUUUCUCCUAAACUUGUGUGGUUCCAUGGAACAACUCCAUCAAAUACAGGCACAAAUCCACCUCUCUGGUCUCUACCAAGACACACACACUCUCUCAGAACUCGUCUACUUUUGCUCCCUCUCUCCCUCCAAGAACCUCCGCCACGCUCGGGCACUUGUGCACCAUGCUGCCACCCCAUCACCCAUUUCGUGGAACAUUCUCAUCCGAGGCUACGCCGCGAGCGAUUCCCCCCUUGAAGCUUUUUGGGUAUUUCAGAAAAUGCGAGAACGUGGUGCCAUGCCUAACAAACUCACCUUCCCUUUCCUCAUUAAGUCUUGUGCUGCAGCUACUGCACUUGGUGAAGGGAAGCAGGUUCAUGCGGACGCUUUUAAGUGUGGUUUGGACUCUGACGUGUACGUUGGUAACAAUUUGAUUAACUUCUAUGGGUGUUGUAAGAGGAUUGUGGAUGCAAGAAAGGUGUUUGAUGAAAUGCCGGAGAGAACAGUUGUUUCUUGGAACUCGGUCAUCACUGCGUGUGUUGAGAGUCUUUGGUUGGAUGAGGGGAUUGAGUAUUUUUUCAGGAUGUGGGGUUGUGGGUUUGAGCCUGAUGAGACUUCCAUGGUGUUGUUAUUAUCUGCUUGUGCUGAGUUGGGGUACUUGAGUUUGGGAAGAUGGGCUCAUUCUCAGUUGGUUUUGAGAGGGAUGGUUCUGAGUGUUCAGUUGGGUACUGCUCUUGUUGACAUGUAUGGGAAGUCUGGGGCUUUGGGCUAUGCAAGGUUUGUUUUUGAGAGAAUGGAAAAGAGGAAUGUGUGGACAUGGAGUGCAAUGAUAUUGGGGUUGGCUCAACACGGGUUUGCUGAGGAAGCCCUUGCGCUGUUUGCAAUGAUGAGUAUCAAUAACAAUCAUGAUAUAUGCCCAAAUUAUGUGACCUAUCUCGGGGUUCUUUGUGCUUGUAGCCAUGCUGGGAUGGUAGAUGAGGGUUGCCAGUAUUUUCAUGACAUGGAAUGUGUGCAUGGGAUCAAGCCCCUGAUGAUGCAUUAUGGAGUCAUGGUUGAUGUAUUGGGUCGUGCUGGUCGUCUUGAAGAAGCUUAUUGGUUUAUACAGAUGAUGCCUAUUGAGCCUGAUCCGGUUGUGUGGAGGACAUUGCUAAGUGCAUGCGCUAUACAUGAUGUGCAUGACCAUGCUGGGAUUGGAGAAAGAGUGAGAAAGAGGUUACUUAGGAUGGAGCCAAGGAGGGGAGGGAAUUUGGUUAUUGUUGCUAACAUGUACGCUGAAGUGGGUAUGUGGGAGAAAGCAACAAAUGUGAGGAGGGUGAUGAGAAAUGGAGGAAUGAAGAAAUUGGCUGGGGAGAGUUGUGUGGACUUAGGUGGCUCCAUGCAUAGGUUCUUCGCGGGCUAUGAUCCUUGCCCAGAUUUGAUGUCCGUUUAUCAUCUACUCGAUGGAUUGAACUUGCACUUGAAAAUGGUUAACUGAUACUUGCUAUAGUAGUUGCUUUCAAUGAAUUCUGCUUGGUGGAUAUUGAAAUUAGAAAAACACCCAUAGCAAACCCGUGAAGCAUUCAUUAUCACCAAAGUUUUCCUUCAUUUCUUGGUUCCAGUCCCCAGCAGCUCCAGUGGUUAUCUCAGUUUCACCAAAUAUGACUUCCUCUGCUGCUCUGCCUCCUAAGCCUCCAACUAUUCUAGCAAAAAGUUUGUUCUUAGAGACUAGAGAAGAAUCUUCAUCAGGUAUGAACCAUGUUAAACCCCGGGCUUGACCUCUGGGAACUAGUGUGACUUUUUGUACUGGAUCAUGUCCUGGUGUCAGUGUCCUACAUAGAGUAAACAUUGUUAAGUUACAUCCCAAAUGCAAGAGGGUCGAUCAAUAUGAAGUACUUCAAAUAUCACUCUCAAAAGGUAUGUUCUGUGGACCUUCUGUUUUUAUUUUCAUUCCUUUAUUUUAUAAUGAAAAACUUGGAAAUACAAUGAAAAAACAAAGGUCAAUUCCUCAAAAACGUAUUGACCUUCAAUUUUUCUAGCAACUACGGACAAACAUCAUGUUUUGUUCUAAAUUUUUCUAUUACCGUAUGUAUUUGAUGUACUUACGCGCAAACAGCAUGUCCAAUUUCAUGGUAAGCCACCAGAAUUUUGCUCCUGCCAUCAGUCAUCUUGGUUCCUUCCAUGCCUGCCACAAUGCGAUCUAUGGAGUGAUCAAUUUCUUUGAGUGUGAUCUUAUCUUUGCCUCUUCGACCAGCAAGAAUGGCGGCUUCAUUCAUGAGGUUUGCCAGGUCUGCACCACUGAAUCCUGGAGUUCUCAUGGCAAUGACACUAAGAGAAACAUCCUUGUCAAGCUUCUUGUUUUUACUAUGAACUUUCAAUAUGUCUUCCCUCCCUUUUAUAUCUGGUAAUUCAACAGUGACCUAUUGGAACAAUUAUAAAACAAAUAAUGUAUUUCUUGUCUCCUCCUUAACUUCAAUUAGUGAUAGAAGAAAUCAUUUAUCUGCUGAUAUAUAAUAUUUUAUAUUCUCAUCCUAUCACAUUUUUUUUUUCAGCAACCAACCACAAAUCAUUAAGUAUAGUUAUUAGAAAAGGCACGUUAUGAUUUCUGAUUAGAUGAAUACACAGAAAGUAAACUCAUUGUCAUGAGAUUCCAUAAUUAUACCUGCCUAUCGAACCUGCCAGGUCUAAGCAAUGCUGAAUCAAGAAUUUCAGGUCUGUUAGUGGCAGCAAUUACUAUAACGCCAGUGUUUCCAGUAAAACCAUCCAUUUCAGUGAGCAACUGAUUCAGUGUUUGUUCUCUUUCAUCGUUUCCUCCACCUAUACCGGUUCCUCUCUUCCUUCCUACAGCAUCUAUCUCAUCAAUGAACACCAAACAUGGUGAAUUUUGCUUGGCCUUAUUGAACAAAUCCCUCACCCUUGAGGCCCCUACACCCACAAACAUCUCAACGAACUCCGAUCCAGAUAGGGAGAAGAAAGGAACCCCAGCCUCUCCUGCAAUUGCCUUGGCCAGCAAUGUCUUUCCAGUCCCCGGAGGCCCUACCAAAAGAACCCCUUUCGGAAUUUUGGCUCCAACGGCUGAAAACUUCUCUGGGGUCUUCAAGAACUCAACAAUCUCUUGGAAAUCUUGCUUGGCUUCAUCAACUCCUGCUACAUCCUCAAAUGUCACUCCCGUAUUUGGUUCCAUCUCAAACUUUGCCUUGCUCCUGAAGUUAAUAUCAUCAGAGGAAAUAAUGUUAGGUUGCUCAAUAUAGUAGUUUAUACCUAUGUGGAAGUGACAUACUAAAAACAAACAGUUAUACAAGAACAUAUACUCCUUUUAAAGUCAUCUUACUUGCCAUGAAAUAUCAACAUUCUCAUUGCUUACUUUGAUUGCGAGUAUUAUUGAGAGAAAAAAUAAAUUAGUCUUGAACUGAUUGGUGAGCACUAAUUUGUCUCUCAGUUCACCUGCUUGAGAAUUAUGAAACCAUUUUUAUGUUAUGUUUUCGAAUUACGAAACCAUUUUCUCAAAAACUCUUCUUGAACUAUUUAUAAAUAUAACAUUUUCUUGAGCUUAUUAGUGAAUUACUUCAAAACCAGCUGACUGAAAAACUAGUUCAGGAACUGAUUCACCCAAUCCCAAGAACCGGUUGAGUUGAGUUCUUGAAUUAUAACAAGUUUGAUUCAGUUCUUUGCGAUAAAGUGAACCAUCAACAGCCUUACUUAGCAUAUGCUAGUUUUUCCUAUUUUAAUUCCUUAGUGAAAAAAUAAGAAGGAAAAUUACAAUUAAAAAUACUGAAUGACUCUGCAUGCAUACCCAAUAUUUGCUAGUUGCUACUUAUACUUAUUGCUAUAGCCAUACCUUCCUAGUCCAAAGGGCAAGUUGGGGCCACCAGCAGGAUUAUUAAUUGAUGUCCUCAAGAGUAGAGAACCAAGCAGAAUCAAAGGAAAGGCCAAAUUUCCCAACAAGUCAAGUAGUGCAGGCCACCAACUAACUUCCAAGGGAUAAGCAGCAAAAUCAACAUUUUUAUCUUUCAUUUUCCUGAUCAAGUCCUGAGGCAAACCAGGAACCUUGAGUAAGAGAUUCUGUUUGAUGUGGAAGCAGCUGGGCUCUCAGGCUCAGCUCUUGUGGAUUGAGCAACAGAAAGCCCAGCCAAUGCUGGGCCCAACCCAAUAACAGCUGAGGAUAAAAGCUUCCUCUUGCUGAUGACUUUGUUAUCUAACAAAGAUUGUUUGCAUGAUUUCUGGCUGUGGCUGGCUUUUGUGAGGUGAGGAUCCUUGGAAGGGUCUUGAGGCUUGUGGAACAAAGUGGGGGCGACUGACAAACAUAGUGCCGGAGACAUUUUUUUAACUCUAAAUGCUCGCCAAUCUGUUGAUUGGGUAUUUACUAUUUAGUGAUGAAGUGUUACUGCAAGUGUGUGAUGGUAAUGCACCUUUCUUCAGUGGCUUGAUUAGUAUGCAAAAAUUGAUUCGGAGGGAAGAAGUAGAGUUUGCUUAAAAAGGAGAGGGAAAUGGAACCUUCGGGUACCUUAAUUUGAACUUAGUUUGAUUAAGUUUUUUUUUUCACUUGUCCAGUUUUUUUGUUCAUGAAGGAUCUACUAUGUUCAUGUAUCUUUGGCUACUUCUUUUGUCCUUUCUUUGCCUGUUUAGAAGUGGUAAGAUUGAUGGAUAGGAUUGUCCAUGGAAAAAAGCGAAGGGAGAAGAUGGUUGUAGAAGAUAUCAACAAAAUUUCCUGCGUAAGUCACAACACAACCACACACUUGGAAGAACCGGUAUUGGUAGCGUUGAUUGAUUGGACUUCUUAUACACCAAAAUCAUCUCAUGUGAAUCGCAGGUUCAAAUGUUGCCACCUAAUAAAUUCAUAUACUUUUGUUGAAAUCAUUGGUAUAGGAUAUGAGAAUUUAUUGAUAUAGGAUAUGUACUUCUGUUUCCGGGUUAUAAUUAUGGACGUUUAUAAACUAAAAUAUAUUCGUUCUAAUUUUUAAAUA